AUGUUGAUUCGCCAAAAAAUUGUUCGACAAACUUUGUUGGUGUUAUAUUUUAUUUUGAGUUAUGACGGAGUUGAAGGAAAAAUAAAGUUAUCCAAAUUAGAGGAUUCAGAGUUGGAGAAGCAACUUAAGCUUUUGAAUAAAUCAGCUAUCAAAACAAUUAAGACGAAAUAUGGAGAUACAUAUGAUUGUGUAGAUUUCUAUAAACAGCCUGCAUUUGAUCACCCUUUGUUAAAGAGUCACAAUUUUCAUCCUAAGAUGAAACCUACUUUAACUAGAAGAGCGCAAAAUCCAGAUACUUCAUCAACGGCUAAUAAGUCUUCGAGCAUAUGGUUAAAGGAUAAUGGUUGUCCUUUGGAAACUGUUCCGAUUAGAAGAAUUACUAAAGAUGAUCUUAUUAGACAAAGACAUAUUCCACCACCAGAGGGUACCUUUGAAUCCCCAUUGACUAAUAUCAAUAAUAAUCGUGAGCCAAAAACAAGUAACAUAUCCUCACAGGGAUACAAGCUUGCAAUAGUUCAAAUUCCAUAUGAUCCAAAUAAUAAGUUUGCUGGAGCUGGAAUGUCUGCAAGUUUAUGGAAUCCUCGUAUUGAAAGUCAACAACACACUGCAUGUCGACUGAAAAUUCAAAAAGGAUCAGAUAUUUUACAAGUUGGUUGGAGAGUGGAUCCAGCACUAUAUGGUGAUACUAAGACUAGAUCUUUUAUACAUUUUCAGGCUGGCAAUAUUCAUUGUUUCAAUACGCUAUGCCCUGGAUUUAUCAUAGUUAAUAGAGAUUUCCCCGUUGAUGCUAGUUUUGACAACUUUCAACAUCGUGGAGAUAAAAGCGCAUCGGAAAUCACAAUGUUCAUUGAUCGGGAUUUCGUCAAUGGAAAUUGGUGGCUUCUGUACGAUGAAAGCAAUGUAGAAGUUGGCUUUUGGCCUCAGAAGAUUUUCACUGAGUUGAGAAGCUUUGCUGAUAAUGUCGAGUGGGGAGGAGUAGCAUAUAGUGAGCCAGGUGUGCCUGAACCUCCGAUGGGCUCAAGAUGUUUUCCUAUUGGAGAUCCUAAUUAUGAUGCUUAUUGUAGGAGAUUUAACGUUUUAAAUGAUAAAGGGGAAACAAUACAUAUAGACAAAACGAAUGUACGUGUUGAUGAUCCUAAUCACUAUGGUCUUAAGGAUGUACCACAUUGGAGAGGUGGAAAAUAUCAACAUAUGGCAUUUUAUGGAGGACCUGGUGGGUUCGAGACAUUAUGUUAA